AUGAAGGUUUUCCCCGCCCUCACCUCUGCGCUCGUCGCGCUUGGCACCGCCGGAGUCGAAGCUGAACACGUGCAGCGCUCCCUCGUCAUGGGCGGAGGCACCGUUCCAGUCGGCGCGAAGACGUACACGGUCGGCCUCCGGACAACCGCUGAGGGCGACACGUUCUGCGGCGGUGCUCUUAUCAGUCCCACCCACGUGCUCACUACCGCAACAUGCACCGCCAGCCUAGGAUCGGGACCUGCCGAGUGGGCUGCAGUGGGUACGCACUACCUCAACGGCGCGAAGGACGGCGAGCGGCUCAAAGUCGUGUCGGCCCAGAACCACACCCUGUACAAUCCGAACAACUUUGCGUACAACUUUGCCGUGUUGACGCUCGAGAAGCCCAGCAAGUUCUCCCCGGUCAAGCUCCCUGCGGCGGAUGGCUCGGACAUCGCUCCGAGCAUGUCAUCCAAGUUGAUGGGCUGGGGUGACACCAGCUACCCGAACGGCGCGCGCGCCAACGAGCUGCAGAGCGUCGAGUUGAGGGUCGUCACCAGCAACUGCACGUACACCGUGGGCCCGUCGGAAGUGUGCGCUGGUGGCGAGGAAGGCAAGGACAAGUGCGCUGGCGACACUGGUGGCCCGCUGAUCAAGGAAAACGGCAGUGGCGACGCUGACGACAUCCUCAUCGGUUUGGCGAGCUGGGGCAUGCCUUGCGGUCACAAGGACGUCGCUAGUGUGUACGCUCGCGUGUCGGCCGGUCUUGAAUGGAUCAACUCUGUCAUCAAGAAGUAA